AUGAUUACAGUAUCCGGAUCUCUUCCUCCCACCGCAUUUAUGGACAAUUACGGGAAAAGAGUGUUCCUGCAAGCUCUAAUCGAUCGAAAAGCCCAACUAUUUGGCCCAACUGCUGCCCCCGGUGCUGAGAAAGAUCGGCUAUGGCGCGAAGUCUUCGAAGAUUGUAUGAACAAAAAAUGUGUCGGUCUUAGAGAUGUGGAUCAUUUGAGGAAAACUACUUGGCAAAACCUCCAAAGAAGAGCUAAGGACAAAUACGAGAGAAGCCGGAGGGGAGAUGGGAAUGCACAUCUCAAUGAGGUGGGUUACAGUAGGGAUCACGGUACUAGAUUACGGUAUAAACUCAACAAAACUUUUAAUUUUCAGAUAGACAACAUGGUAAUAAAUAUAAUCGGGACCAACUUUGUCAAUUCUUCCCCCGAUCAUUCCUUCAAUUUUGGAUUAACUGAUGACAUUGACAUCAAACCCUCAAUGUCAUCGGAAAAUAUUGAUCCAGAUAGUGAUGGAUGUCUUCUGCCCACUUCCAGAAAACGGUCUUACCGAGCUACCCCGGACAGUAAUGCUUUUGUCAACUUCAAUAACAUGCUCGACUUUGAUACUUCAAAUAUUCUGCUGCAGGUAAUAGUGGCAAUCAAAGUUUAGAAUAUAAAGAUCUCUAUCAGUGAUUUUUUUUUUGAUUCUUGACUUUACACUCCAAUUUGCAGGCGCUCCAACAGCAGCAGCAACAGGUUGAAAGGGAACGUCAAAAUCGGGAUGACACUUGUGAACCGACCGAAAGUGAUGAAGAAGAUCAGCUCAAACUCCGAAAACUGAGAGCUGAAGUACGAAAAUUAGAGGCUGAAGCGGAUAAAAUACGGGCUGAGGCUGACUCUGAGAAUCAGAGAAAUCGGUUGCUUCAAUUGGACAUUGAAUUGAAAGAGUUACAAGUUCUCAAAAUCAAAAAAGAACUGGGAAUUGUAAAGAAUGGAAGGAUCGACCAAUAA